UCAUAUCCGUCAUCCUCCGCCAUUUGCGAAAGAAAGGCCGAUCGCUGCUCUGCAGCGCAAGUGUCAUCGGGUCUACUAUGUCGAGUGUCUAAAAAUUGUUAUUAUUUUCAGAGGAACAGUUCACUCAGUGCUAUCAAUAAAACAGUUAAAAUGAUUGUGAGAUUUUUGAGCAUUUUGUGCGUUGGAGUUUUAGUAGCUUCGGCACACAACGGCGAGGGAAACAACGACAAUGAAGACAUUCCAUAUCUUGAGCUGGCGGAACCUGAUGAGGGCUACCACGGUCUGAUCCGAGAGAACGAGACGUUGGUGGAAGUGACUCCCGCCAUAAGAGCCCGUGGACCUCUCUGCUCCUUCCUCAUACUGAACAACAAACAUCAUGGGGAAGCUCCCUUCGAGAUCAUGGUGAUUGACGAGAACGAGGCACGUCUCCGUGUACGUUACCCACUUAACUGUGAGAAACGCCGUAAUUACAAGUUCGACAUCGCCGCUGUUGGUUGUGAUGGGUCUUACUCCAACACUGUACCGGUCCAUAUAACGGUGACGGAUGUGAACGAAUUCGCUCCGGUCUUCAAUCAGGCUGCCUACGUCCGGUCAGUGGAUGAGGGGAAGGUGUACGAUGAGAUCGUACGUGUGGAAGCGACUGAUCGCGACUGUACCCCGCGUUACGGUGACGUCUGCAAGUACGAGAUUGAAAACGAUGGAGACAGGAACCAGCCGUUCGCUAUCGACAAUGAAGGUGUUAUUCGUAAUACGGAACCCCUGGAAUACGAUAAAUCCCACAACCAUAUCCUGUCCGUGGUUGCAUACGACUGUGGGAUGAUGCCAUCCGCACCAGUUCUGGUCACUAUCAAGGUCAACAAACCCUGCCGAGCUGGGUGGAAAGGUCUUGCUGAGCGUGUGGAUUACGCUCCUGGGACAGGUCCUCUAGCACUUUUCCCAGCUGCUCGUUUAGAAGCAUGUUCUAGCGACGAGCGCUGUCCAGGUGUUACAAGAAUCCAAGCCGCUGUAACUCUCCAGGCUUCCAGAGCUGGUGUUGCCUGUGACAGGGACACAUAUACCUUACACGCCCAAAGAACAGUAUGCGGUCUGGAUCCCAAAACAGUGGAUUUGCUACCCAGCCCUGGCGUAGGAAACGAGUGGGCGAAGUCUCUCAAACCCGACUCAGGUCGUGACGGCGAGCAGUUGUUCGAGUUCGACGGCGAGACAUCAGCCGUUGUACCAGAAUCAAUACUACCACAUUCCCUCGGCAGCACUUUCUCCGUCAGCACCUGGCUAAGACACGCCCCGCCCCCAGACCACGAUAAGCACCGCAAGGAACACGUGCUGUGUCUCGCCGACGACCACAAAAUGAAUCGUCACCACUACGCGCUGUUCGUCCGCAACUGUCGUCUGAUACUUCUUCUGAGACGUGACUUCGGUGAAGGUGACCUGAACAUCUUCAGACCAGCCGAGUGGAGGUGGAAGCUGCCAGAGGUGUGCGACAACGAGUGGCAUCAUUACGCUAUCAACGUGCGCUUCCCCAACGUAGAGCUGUACGUGGACGGUGAGCCGUACCGCGGCGAGAGGGGCCCGGAGGUCAUCGACGACUGGCCGCUGCACCCGGCUCACGGCGUCAACACCACCAUGGUAGUGGGCGCCUGCUGGCAGGGUACGGAGAGUGAUAUGAAGCACCAUCUCCGCGGUUGGCUGGCGGGGCUCGGAGCAUUGCCGGGGGCUGUUCAGCCGGCAACGGCGCUGAGAUGCGCGGCCCGCUGUAGAGAGGGACUCAGUCUAGCGCCUGAUCUAUAUCUGAAGUCGGUGUCCGUGGAGGGUGACAGCGCCUCGGAGGUGGAGACCUUAGUGAGGCGGGUGGCGUAUGGAGACGCCAGGGUGUUCCCGACGCCUGGAAGACGAAACGUACACCUGGCCACCACCAUCACUUGUGAUAACGGCCGAGUCAUCAAGGCCCGCCCGGCCGAGUCCUACGUGAUGGUGCUCGCGCCUCAGACGCCCACCAUCCUGCUGAACGGCAGUGCGGAUGCUGCUCGCGACUACGCACACUUCAGGGCAGGCCUGCCGGUGUUCCCUGAUAUAAGGGUGAGGGUGUUGGCCAGGAGCGGGGACGAUAUCAAAGAAGCGGAAACACAGAAGCUAGAUUCGUGCGUGGUGUCGGUGUACCCCGCCCUGAACCCAGACCACGAGGCGCUGGCGCUGAAGAGCACGCCGGCCGACGAUAUCAGAGCGACCCUCACCAGGGACGGAGUCAGUCUUACAGGAGCUGAUACGGUAGAAAACUACCAACAGGUGUUAAGAGAGAUAGAGUACAGCAACAAGAAGCCCGCCUACUACCUCAACAGGGUGUUCAAACUGACGUGCUCCGAGCUCAACGGACGGUUCACGAGCAACGAAUACGUACAGACGCUGACGGUGGAGCACCCGAGGGCGGCGUCUGACACCCGGGCGCUCCGCCCUGCCGGACUCGCAGACAAAAUGGACGUCGUUAGGGAACAUACCAGCAACAACAUAGAGCCCGCCGUGGCUAUGAAUGUGCCGCGGGCGUUUGCAUCACACUCGCAGCACUCGCAGCACUCGGCCGAGAUACCGGCGGCGCGGGUCCUGGACCUGCACGAGCGGCACAACUCCAACAAUGUGGCAGUGGUGAUAGGAGCGGUGAUGGCGGGCGCGGUGGUAGCUCUCGUGGUGGUGGUCGCGGCCCGCGUGCGAGCCGCCAGGCCUUCGCCCCUGGCUAGGCCUUCGCCCCGACCCCGCCCUCUACGAGCUAAUGACACAGAAAUGGCUUGGGACGACUCCGCCCUCACCAUCACCGUCAAUCCGAUGGAGGAGGCUACUGAGUGCGUCGUAUCUCCUAGCCGAGUGUGUGAAGACAGUUCCUCGGCGGAAUCCUGCUCGGAUGAAGACUCCGAUCACCACGACUCCUCCGACGAAGAAGGAGAGGUGAUGGCCGGCAAGCAGCACAAGUACAGGAACAUCAGCCAGCUCGAGUGGGACAACAGCACUAUGUAAAUGUAUACCCGUCCCGCUCGCUCCUAACACGCACGUCUCCCCUCUCGCUCGCACACACCACGCACUACCGAUAUUGGCGCCUCGUCAAUGUAAAUUCGACCUUAGUACACGUAUUUAUAAGUAUCUAAAUUUAUUUUAUAAUAUCUUAUCAGACGGAAUUGAGAUGUUCGUUACGGUUCACAUUCGGAAAGCGCAAGCGGGGUUCUAAAGUUAAGUCUCAAGAUAAAAUCAUAUCAAAUUUAUACGUAAAGGUUCCCAGCUCGACCUGUUGCGACUAACCGUUUGCCCGAGUACUUGUAUCUAUGUAUCUAACGGUAGCGUGUCUGUUAAGUUAGUUUAAGAGAUAACAAUGUAUUGUAUAUUAUAAGUAAGCUUCGUGAUUUCCUCGUUUUUUUUUCUGUCUCCGCCAUAUUUUCUCUGCCGUCGGCUGCGUGACGUCACUCCGUAGGUAAUGUUACUGUGAAAUGUCCACUUCUACCCUUAACGAGCUUCUCAAAGUAAAUCGGCUUAAAUGUAUAUUAGGCACAGAGUUAUUUGAAAAAAAAAUAUAGAUGUACUAUACUAUACACUUAUACAGAACUUGUAGGAUCUGCUGUAUGACUUAUAUGAUAUAUAUAUAUUGAACGCGUUAAGGGAUUUUUACUAACAGUUAGGUACUAAGUGGCUAUAUGUUUGUUUCCGACGCCAUCUAGCGUAAGUGUAGUUAAGUCCGGGCGUGUGUUGCCAUCUCGCUCGCACACACGCGCCACGCUACUUCUGUCUCCCUCUGGCAUCAUAUCAGGAUCGGGUGUUAGGAUCUUUGAACACUGAGCAAUCUUUUUCGACAUAAUCAUCGGUGUAAUUACGUAGAGGUCAAGUGUUGUAUGUUAUUUCUAUCGGAGUUGGACCUUUGUGUUUUGAUUUGUUUUGUUGGAAUCGUUUGUUGGGCGUGUCGCUUUAACGUUGCUUGUAUAUGGUUAUACGAUAUUCAACUUUGUUUUUAUCAGUAAAAGGUUUAUAUUACAUUAUAUGGAAACAUCCUAAAUUUAUCAGCGACACGUUAGCGAUGCGGGUCCGUGUCGUUUUCGUUCCGUUUGUAUCCGUGCCAUUGUUUUCUCCCCAUACAUAUACCGUGCCCCGGACUCGCUCGUGUCUGUAUUCGGUUGAGUUGUCAUUCCACUCGACUACCGUCCAAACGCCAUUAUCCCUUUUUUAAUUUAGAUUUAAGAUCUGAGCUGUGAUAGCAGCAGCUCGAGCACAAAAUGCUGGCAUUUUUUUUUUGAUUGUGUUUUGAACAUGAGGUAGCUACUAUAAGUUUUUUGUCUAUUUCAUUUUAUAUAAUUUUGUAUUUUCGGUAUUAUUGUAUACUUAGAUAAACUUCAUUGAUGUCUGAAUUAUUAUAUUUUAGCUAAAAAUAAAGUUGGUCUAAAAUG